AACUCAACCCCUCUCCUGCCUUGGCGUUAAUGUUUAGCUGCUGGAUGAUCCCCGAGGCUUGCACGUGUGGUGCUCGGGAGCUCUGGGAAAUUCUGUUGGUCAGUUAUUUCUUCCAGCACCUUCUCGAGUACAAAUGACUGGUUUUGCUUUCUGAGCUGUGUGUGUGAACCUCGGACUCCAACUGAACAGAGGAAAACUGCUUCAUGUCUUUCUCACCUCCGAUUCCGAGGGAGAUUCCUGCGAUGGCACCGGAGUUGCUGAUUGUCAUUGUGGCUUUGGUGUCCUGUGUGGCGUUCUGUUUAGUGAUCCUAACGCUGGUGGUGGUCCUGUACAGAAAAGACCCCCUCUGCUGCAGAUUCAGACCCUACAGAACAGAACACUAUACAGAUGACCCUCCCCAUUACCACAGCAGACAGGCGUUGAUGGUUGCCGGCCACGAUGAGUGCAGUGCUGCCAUGGACCAGGCUCCCAUUGGACCGCAGCUUCCUGGAAGGCUUUUCAUCAUAGGGAAGCCAAAUGACUACCACAUGGAGGGGCCCCUGCCGAGGCUGCCGUCCUAUGAGAGUGUUCGUAGGAAGGACAGGCAGAGGCAGAUCCACGGCAUGAUCGCACAGCGCUUCGGCCUCAUGGGCUGCCGCGGCGAGUUGAAGUUCCUGACCAGUGGCAAACGGCGUCUGUCCUCGUCGGCAUUCGUCUUCGACGGUAGACAAACUUCUCUGCCUCGGAGGAGCCUUUUCUGCAGGGUCGACGGGUGCGAGCAGUCGAGCCGGUGGCUGACGGUCAGAGUGUGAGCACAAAAAAACUUUGGCUUCACAUCGCAGCCCCCACCGACGUAUGGGGAAGCCCUUCGCCAGUCUCCGGAUGUUCAGUUGCCAACGCACUCCCAGGACGAGUCCUCGAGCCUCAGCGAGGACACACACGACCUCAGUUAACCAUCCACUGCCCUCCUCCUGCCGACCAGCGCAGGAUUCCAGGUUUUUCCCCGGGUUCUUUGCCAAGCCACAGCGCGAGAGAGAGGGCCGCUGUUGUUCGAGCCGAGAGGACGGCGCCAUCAGGGCCAACGCUUGUUCUUUGAGACAGAGCUGUUGAUGGAUCUUUGUGAUUCUGACUGGAGGUAUUUUCAUGCUAAUGACUCUGACUCAAGCCUCACACUCCCCGAGGGCGAGGGGGAUGGAUCGCUGGAUUGUCCAAUGUGAUUUCUGGCUGGUUUUACGGUUUUGUUUUUCCAAGAACAUUGCAAAAGGGGGACAUUUUUUUAUUAAAGUUUGAGUUCUAUCUCAAACACAGAGUCCUGUGACUUUUUUCAUCGUUGUUUAUACAAUAUUUUCGAAACGCUAUUUCCCAUUUUUCACCAUUGUCCUCGUUCAUCUCAGGUCAACAGUCGCAGCUUGACAGACGAGGUGAGCCCAUGACUGAGUCCUCCAACUCAUACAACGGGGGGGGGUUGCACAACCUGGUGAGAUUUUUUGAAAUGGGGAGACAAACACGGGAAGAAAGUUAAAUGUCACGACUCAGAUGGUGCCUUCUGCUCCUCAAGACUUAAAAAGGCAGUUUGGGUUAAGAGUUUUUAGAGAAUUGUGUGCCAAUCCAUACUGAUAUUUCACAGGACAUAGGGAAAGUGUGCUGGUGAAAUUUGAAAGGCAUUGGCUCGCCAAAGACAUCACAGUUCAUCCUCUGAGCACCGUCAAGAUCUGUACCUCUUCAUGCUAAUCCACCCAAUGGCUAUUGAGUCAUUUAACUGAAAAACACAAAUGGUAACAAUGGGGAUUAUCCCGUUUAGCCCUUUAUUGAUAAACAAGUUCUUAACCACGUUAGCAUGUCUUUAUAUGGCCUUCUUUUAUGACACAAAACCUAUGAUGAGCAAAAUAAGCAGUCAACACCAUGGCCGAGUUUUUCCACAGCCAGGGUUCAGGGGGCCCCUCAACGGUGCAUGCAGAGCGAGCAGUUGCUUGAGACCCCGAGCUUUCUGUCAAAUGCUUUAUAAUUUUAGGGGUUUGGUUGAAGGCAUUUCCAUGUUCAGUUUUGACUCCAGGGACAGAAAGCAGCCCUGUCUGGGGGAUUCAUAACGUAGCAGCAUGAUCAAUAAUGUAAAUUGGCCCUAAACCAUCCUGUGCUUCACAAACCGACUGCAGUAUUUUGAAGUCAAUUCUUUGACAGGGAGCCUGUCUGAGAACUGGACUGAUAUGAUCCACUCUCUUGGUGUUAGUUAUUGACCUUAGCUGCAGCUGUCGGAUCAAUUUUUCAGAAGGACACCAUUACAGCAGUCAAGUCGACUAAGGAUAAAUGCAUGGUUUCUAAUAAGUCUUCUAGUCCUCGAUAUGCUCUCAAGGUGAUAGUUAACUGACUUUAAAAUGAUCAUUAAUUUGAGUCAAUGACCUUGGUUUGCUGUUUUUUUUAACUCCACUGACUGAAGCUGAGAGCUGACUUUGAACUGCUCUUCCCAGUUUUCAUAAACAAUGAUUUAAGUUUUAUAUUUUCCAAACUGAAGAAAAUUCUGACACAUCCAAUCAUUUAUUUAAUUCAUUGCAAUCAUUGCAUUCACUCAGAUCUUGUAUGGGAUUAUGUGUCAUCUGCAUAACUGUGAUUACAUAUAUUGUUGUUUUCUACUAUCUGAGCUAGACUGUUGGCACCUAAACUGUAUUACUUUGCUAUUAUUUAUGUGUAUGCAUAGUAUGCAAUGUGUUUAUUAUUAUUAUUGUUUUGAUAAUAAAAAGAAUCAUUUGAA